AUGGGUGGCUGCAUCGGAAUAACUAGGAGCAGAAGUGGGCCCAUAGAGGAAUCGUCGGGGACGGUGUCGCGACCAAAUUCAGGUGGGCUACGCAAGAAUCAGUCACUGUGCCAUGAGACGAUCAGGUGGAAGUCUGACGUGCCGCUGACGGAAGGUCAGCUUAGGAGUAAACGGGACGAGUUUUGGGACACUGCGCCGGCGUUCGAGGGCCGCAAGGAGAUUUGGGAUGCGCUGCGGGCGGCGGCGGUUGCAGCCGAGGCCAUGGACUUUGAACUCGCGCAGGCUAUUCUGGACGGCGCUAGUGUCUCGGUGCCCAAUGGAUACCUCACUGAAUGCUAUGAUGAAUGGGGAACUAGAUAUCAGGUGCCGAUCUACUGCUUGUCGCCCCCAAUUAAUAUGGUAAAGGAGGCAAGCGGGCGCGACUCCCCGGCUGAGUGGUCGGAGCCGGUUGAGGGCGGCGCCGAGGUGACGCUGCGCCUGCGCCUUUCGCACUCCUGCCGCGACAUCGACCUCGCCGUUUACUCCAAGCACACUAUCGCACAAUGCAAGAACAAGCUGCAUGCGCAAGAGAACAUCGAGCCGUGGCGCCAGCGGUGGUUCUACGGCGGCAAGCUGCUGGGCGACCGCCUGGUGGUGGAGGAGGCCAAGGUGACGCCGGGCUACGUGGUGCAGGUGAUCGUGAGCUCGGAGCCGCAGCCGCCCAGCUAGUGGCCGAGGCGCGCCCCCUCGCUCACCCGAUUAUUCUAAAGCCGUUUCAGCCGCAUGCUCGUCUCCCGCGGCCGCCUUGGCAUCGCACCACGAACGCAGGAAGGCAAAUUGUAGUGUAUAUUUCGUAACAUAAACCUGCGGAUCAUAUUCGAUCGUUCUACGUGUCAUAUUGUAAAUGGAAAUAGACUCGAAUAAUUUCUAUACAGUACAUAACCGAUUGUCUAUAUUGUUGUUUACGAGCCGUUUCAUAUAUGAACUGGAAACGGUCUUGUAGUGUCGGUUUUGUAUACUGGGAUUGUGGAAUCUGCAGCGACAGAGCACCGGCUGUUUAUUAGGGAGUACGAAGCCUUACGUAAUGACGAAGCCCCAAUCUAUGUAGGAUAAUUGCUGUACUGUGAAUCGACUGGGAAUUAAAUAACUAAUAUAAGGACUAUUCAAUUAUAAUUAUGCAUUAUAGCGUUUGCCGUAAGCAGGUCGUAUGUAUGUGUGGACCACUCGGUAGGCGGCGCUGUUUUGGCGCACGAGUGGGGCGGGACUCGAUCGGCGGACGCGACUGCCAUGUAUUGUGAUGUGAGAACUUUCUUUAUACUUACCGGUUAUUGUAACUAUUGAUUAUUUUUAUUAUAAUCUACCGCUAGAUUUAAUACGCGCGUUGAUGCUUGUCGCGAACUGGACGUUUUACACUGUCACCGAGUGUGGAGAGAUAGAGCGGUGGAUCCGUUUGACGGCAUUGCUUAAAAUAUAUUUUAAUUUGUUGAACCUAAAGUAAAGGAUAGUUUGCGGGCAAUUUAUCAACAUUUACUUGUACAACAGCCUUAUUUAGCCAGCAAAAAUGACAAUUUGUCGAUAGCUAUGACGUCUGGCGGAAUGACCGCCGCUGUAUAAUGAUGAAAUAUAUGUUACGUUGGUAUUUGGUACUGUUGUGCCCUUAUUAUAUUCUGUAGCUUGUACUAAAUUAACGUUAAAUUGCACACGAGUUAACGCGCAAAAUUAUUAUAAAAUUAAUUGUUGUUAAGAAUUAGACGAUGUACCGUGUAUUGGAAAUUAUUUUACAAUAGUUCCCUCCCGAGGUGUAAAUUGCUUAUCUUCUAUUAUUAUAAGUUGUAAAACUAAUAUCCGGUCGUGUAUAAUUUUGCUGUGAAUCCGUUUAAGAUUCAAUUUGGACUUUGUUUAGGGUAUACCCGUGAACUGGACAAUUGCGGGACUUUUAAAGGCACUAACACAUAGUUUUUAAUUUUUGAAAAGCGGAGUUUCUAAAUGUAUUUUAUAUAUGUAAUAAUGUUGGGUAGCUAGACACAGGAAGUGUGAUUUGUGAUUAAUAAUUUUAAACAAAAUUCACAAUAAUAUGUAUCAUUUCGAAUGACGACUUUAGGAAUGAUCAAGUCAACCGUUUAUCUACUUCGCACAGAUUCGAGAAAAGACCAUAUCAAAAUAACAAGCCAAACCAGUUUAAUGCGACGUCAUGUGUUGUAUGAAAUCUUAAUAUUCCACUUCUUCACUCCGUAGCUUACAUUUAACAGAUUUAUCUGUAAUACUUUUCUACUUAUAGACAGACUAUAUACCCAUAUAAUUCUCGUGUCACCGCUACUAUAACAUCGUCUUUUCUCUGUCCAUUCCGCUAUGAGCGAAGUCUGAUAUAAUAAUAGACAGUAAAUGUGUUGAGUGACUACAUGUUGUUUGCCCACGGUUUGCUUGUGUCCUCCACACACGUGUUCGAUUCGUUUACACCUAGUUUUACGUGUUGAUAUACUCAGGGCAGUGACAAUUUUUGUAUGGAGUUGGAAAAUUUGCUGAAGUAAUUUCGUAAAUUGUAGCUCAUUCUAAGGAUGCAGUGGGGAAUUCAAAGUAAGCAAUGUUGUGCUAUUCAAUACACUGCACUCUUAACCGUACUGGACUAUGUUUACACGCAAAAUACCGCGUAACGUUCUUGUCAGAAUGAGAUUAUUCGUAUCAACCGCAAAGUUUACUGUAAAUAACGUAAAUAUUUACGAUAAAUAAGGCGCAGAUUACAUACAGCUAUGAUAAUUGUAUAAUUUAUUUAUAUUAAGUUCUCGUUUACCAGCAUUUACCAUUCGGACUGAAAGUCCCCAGUGCCAACGUUAAGCAGCGUCCUUAUACUUACUCGGUCUAAUGAUCAAGUUAUUUAUAAGGAAUUUCUAUAAUUUAGUACUAACUCUUUAGGUUAGCUCGUAUUUAUAUUGUAUAUUGAAAUAUAUUGGGAAGAGGCUUAUUUAUACAUUUAUUUUUCUAAACUCGGUCAAUUUUGUAUUGACGUUUAACCUUUUGUUACUUUUGAAACUAUAUUGUUUAAAAUUUUAAAUCUUAGAUACAUUUUUACGUUAGCGCUUACGUAUUUGUUUUGUAACAUUUCUUAUUUCUCUAGAUCUCGAUACAACUCGACAAUGACAUAUCUAAAAAGUUUUACGUGGAGUUUAAAAUUUAUUUACACUGUUGAAGAUGUCAAAUUCUGGAUUUUAAUUGGAUAAGAAAUUGCAGCAUGGUGCUAAAGGUAUUACUUUUCAUUGUCUUAAACCUGUCAUGUGUGGCAUGUUGAACAUACGAGGGAUGUAUUCCAAAAAAAAAUCAUUCACCGGCCAUCUGCGUCUCGAAAAAUGUAUUUUAUUGCAUGAAAGGCCUGCUCUGUGUACGUUUUUAUUCAAACUUCGAUGACGCCCAUCGCCCUCGGUAUAUUAAUUGCCUAAUAUAAAUUUAAUAUUAAAGUAUGAAUAUAUGGAUUUUUUUUAAUUGAUAUACAAACCACUCUCGGAAAAUGCUCUUAAACUUGUGUAUAUUAGGACGAUAAUUCAUCAGUAGCCAGGCCUUCUAUGUAUAACGUAGCUAUAACUGUUUCUCAUUGUAUAUUGUACACUUCACUGCGUUAUGUGCACUACACUUACCUAUACGGGUUACAUCCAAAACAUUGGGAUCUUCUACCGAGAAUGCUCAUUACUCUAGAAAAUUUUGUAUAUAUCUUGUAUUUGCAUUAGCUUGUGUUAGUUGAUGGCGGUUUUUGAGCUUUUGAAGAUACGGUUGUUCUGUAAAAAGGGUUACAUACUUUUCAGAUUCCUGGUAAGAUGUAAUGUUUCACUAUCAAAUACAACUUCAUCAAAAAAGUUCUUAAACUGUAUCACUUCAUUUUUUAGUUUGAAAUAUAACUAAAUAAAUAUUUUUUAAAUUGUUAAAAAAUUUUGUUGUAAGGUAUAUUUCAGGCACUUAGGAAAUAAAUUUAUUUUUAAGAAUGCAUGGGAUUAAUAACGUUAUCGAUUCAGUAUUCAAAAGUCAAUCCCAACUAUAUUAUAGAUACUGUUCAAACACAUACGUCCCGCUGCCUGUCACAGGUCUCUAAAGCUAACACGGCGACACGGUUGCUGCUUUAAUAAAUGUACACAGCAAAAGCGUUAACCGCCAUUCCAUCUUGAACUUGUUAUAAUAUGUGUUGCUUCACCAUCCUCGAAAUACGUUAAGGUGCCUACAGAUUUGCUCCAUUUUUUUUUAGAUUUGCUCCAUUUUGACGAUUAGUACGACAACAGACGAUUGACAUCGUAUAUCUUGCCGAUCGACAUCGUGUUAUUUUAAUUAGGAGUAGGGGCCUACAUAGGGGAUUGAAGGUUAAAGCCUUGAUAUUUAAUUAUUGCUAACAGGCGACAAUAGCUAUCGAUAAAAUCGAGCAAAUCUGUUAGCUGACAGAUCUCAUCGAUCGUCAGAAUACAAUAUAUCGAGCGACAAUAACGAUCUCAAAAAUCGAGCCACGAUACUUCCUACUUUAUAGAUGGUCUUUGAACCUUUGAACACCCGUCAGGUCGGCGGAACUGUAUUCAAAGAGCCUCCAUACGAGCUUAUAACUACUGUGACGUAUCACGUGACGUAAACGGCGCCAGCACACCUCAAUUGUUUAUGAGAUUUAUUUAUUCUAUUUUACGUUUACGAAUUUGAAUAUCACUAAUCAGUGAUCAAACAAAUACGUGUUAAGAGAAUAGUGGGACAUUAUUGAACUAAAUAUUUAUCGAGUACAUAAACACUUGGAAAGUGUGUCAAAUGAUAUAUUGUUUUUAUACAAUGUCUUACCGGGACCCCGAUUAAGAACUCUUCGAUAUUUUAACUGAAUCAUUCGGUUGGAUAUCGUUGUCGACUCUUCUCGCUCGCUUUCGGAGCUAUUCAGAAAAUUCCGAGUUAAACGUUCGUCUUGGAUUCGGAUACGAUAUCGUUAUCCAACAGCGUUUAUGGAGUUAGUCAGGGAGUAGAUAGAAAAAUGAAAAUUCUUUUAUAGACAUUUUUCAGACUUUAGAGGCCUAAAAUAUAGGAAUGCAUUAGUCUCGCAUUAAAAUGAAUUAAUAAAAUUGAACAAAAUCUACAUUUUAUUUAAAAUAAUAAGAGAUUUCCAUAUU